AACGAAAAGGGUAAAAUCCAAAAAGUCCCUCUUUCAUUUUCAACUUCAAUUGGACUCCAAUGACUACCGAAAUUCUCCAAAUCGGAGGCGUCGACGACGACGAAAUCACCGUCAUCUACUCCACGCCGCCGUCCUUCAAGUCCGACGCCCCUAAAAUCACCAUCGACCUCGACGACGUCGUCGACGAAUCCCCCGCCUCCCCCUCCGCCAAUCCAGGCGAAUCGUCCAAUUGGAAUCGCGGCGACGACGACGUCGUACUCCGCUUCUCCUUCGCCUGCGAAAUCUGCGCCUGCGACAAGCCAAUCAGCGACUCGUUUCAAAUCCACGGCUGCGACCACUGCUACUGCACGCAAUGCGUCUCCAAUCACGUCGCGGAGAGGCUGCAGGAGAGCAUCACGGAGAUCGGGUGCCCCGUCUCCGGCUGCGCGGGAUUCCUAGAGCCGCAGCACUGCCGCACGAUUCUGCCGCGGGAGGUCUUCGAUCGGUGGGGAGACGCGCUGUGCGAGGCUCUGAUUUUGGGGGCGGAGAGGUUUUACUGUCCGUACAAGGAGUGCUCGGCUCUUCUAAUUGACGAUGGGAGUGAGAAUGUGGUGCAAUCGGAGUGCCCUGAGUGCUGGCGGCUCUUCUGUGCGCCGUGCAAGGCGGCGUGGCAUGCUGGGAUCGAAUGCGAGGAGUUUCAGAGGCUGAAGAAGGAUGAGAGGAGCAAUGAUGAGGAACAAUAAAUAGUGGAUUCGAUUCAGAAUUUGUCAUUAAAUCUCAAGGUGCUGCAGACGUGGAACCAGUUUUUGCUACAAUUCGGAGGUAAGAUGGAUCUACAUAUUUUCACAACUGUGUAACAAGUCCAUGGUUUUAAUUAUGCUUCCCGCUAUGUUGACAACCUUUUUUUCCGUUAUGUUGAUAGGUUAGAGGUAUAGGUUAGGUCCUUCCAUUGUUGCUCCAAACAUGUAAUUAGAUUGUGAUUAGAUGAAUCACUUUUAAUUACUUUUUAUUCAAUGUUUUUGUUAUAAUCUUAGGUAUGAAUCAUGAAAUUAUAUUUGAAGGUGCAUCUUCCUUGGUAA